AUGAACAAAAUCAAAAGUGCAAGCUCUUCUUUCAAUUCGCCUAUACCUAGCAGCCUUAAAGACGAAUGCAAGAAAACUGCCAAGAUAUUAAAUGCCUUUGUUGAUCCCGGACAGGGUCUCGAUAAAGUCAUUCCUAGCAAUAUAUUGGCAAACGCACAGGGCUUGGCAAUUCUUACUGUGCUCAAAGCAGGGUUCCUUUUCAGUGGUCGCGCUGGUUCAGGCUUGGUUGUGGCUAGAUUACCCGAUAAUUCAUGGUCAGCACCAUCUGCUAUUGGAACGGCCGGUAUAGGCGCGGGAGGGAUGGUGGGUGCCGAACUGACGGAUUUCGUCAUGGUGCUCAACACAAAGGAAGCUGUGAAGACAUUCAGCCAGUUCGGCAAUAUCACUUUGGGUGGCAAUGUUUCUGUCGCUGCUGGCCCGUUAGGUCGUAACGCUGAGGCGGCUGGAUCCGCCAGUUUGAAGCACAUUUCCUCCGUGUACUCUUACAGUAAAACCAAAGGGUUAUUUGCCGGUGUGUCGUUGGAAGGAUCGGUUAUCGUGACGCGUGGUGACGCGAACGAAAAGUUCUAUGGGAAAAAAGUGAGCGCUAAGGAACUGUUGAAUGGCACAGUACCGCCUCCUUCUGAAGCCGACGCGCUGUAUCGUGCUCUCAACGCCAGAUUCCAUACGCUAGGCAAUACAGGUGCCAUGUAUUCUCGCGGCAGCAUGGAUGAUCAGUCAUCAACAUCAUCGCCGACAAGAUCGAAUACAUUCAAGAGCACGAAUAUUUCCGCACCCGGCACAUUGAGACAGCCUCCAACUCCUCGUGGUAGCGGACAGUAUGGUCCUCCUACUGGUAGCAGUGGUGGCAGGGCAGGCGCACCCCCUCCAUAUAUGUCAUCUCCUCCACCCACACAGCCAAAACCACAAGGAUAUACUCAUUCCCCACAGCAACAAAAGUAUUCCACUACUACAGGAUAUCAAGCAUCACCACCACAGCCAUCUGCUGGUGGUGGAUAUAACGCUCCAGCACCGGCUCCCGCAGCACGCGCACCCCCACCCCCGCCGCCAAGUCGAAAACCUCAUGAGCCAACCGCACGUGCAUUAUAUGACUUUAACGGGGAACAAGGCGGUGACCUUAGCUUCCGUGAGGGCGAUAUUAUCACGAUUACCGAGAAGAGUGGUAGUCAAGACGACUGGUGGACUGGAACUGUGGGAGGAAGAAAAGGCAUUUUCCCCGCAAAUUACGUUCAGCUUCAGUAGUUUUGCCCUGCGUAUGAUCCCAUUAUAAGCGUCAAUUGCGAAACAGAAAUCACUUGUCAGCAUCAGUCAGCAUUUUUCUACAUAAUUUAUAUUAGCUAUUCCCAAAUAGAUCCCCAUUUAUGCUGUAUCUGCUACAAUUGCUGGGAUAUAAACCCAAGUAGUGUUAUCAUCUCACCAAAACAGAAAUGAUGGACAUAAUUGUCGCAAUACCGACUUGCAAAGUUUAUCGAGCGGGGGUAGUGGAGAACCAGUUCUUGUGCAGCAUGAUGUGAUGGGAUUCUGAUGCAGUAGAUACUGCUCGCGAUGUAUUAGGAAAACGAUUUUGGAUCACCACGUAUAUAGUUGACAGCUCGCUGUUGUUGAUAUUUAAAGUA